UGUUAUAUAUCCCGCAAGCAAGCACAGUUCAUCGACACUGUCGUGGUGAGGACCCCCUUGGCGCCAGCUGUGGGAAUCUUUCGUUUGCUGGUCAGGAUGAGGGCGGCAGUAACGAGUCUUCUGCUGGCGGCGGUGGUGGUGCUGAGCGAGGCCAAGACUGCAAGGCUGGGUGUGCUACGUGACGUCGGCGAGUGUCCAACCGUCACCACCAAGCAGGACUUCGACAUGCUUUCCUACUUGGGCUCCUGGUAUGAGAUCGAGCGAUUUAAUGCGCUGUUCGAGGAAGGCAUGGACUGCGUGCAGGUCGUGUACUCCGACCUGGGUGAGGGGUUGUUCCAGACGCACAACAUUGCUCGCACUGCAGAAGGAAAGCUCACAGAAAUACUUGGCACCGUGAUAGUGCUGGAGCCCGGCGUGCUGCUGGUCGAGGGUGACAGUGGUGUCCCCUUCUUGCACUACAUCCUGGACACCGACUACUACUCCUUCGCUGCCGUGUAUAACUGUAAACAAUUUGGAGAGCAGCGCUUCCAGUACGCGUGGAUCACCUCCCGCAGCACCACCCUGGACGAGGCGACCCACGAGCACGUCCGCAAAGUGUUCGAGGACAAUGGCAUCGACGUGAGCCUCUUCCAGUCCACCCACCAGGGACCUGACUGCCCCCAUACACCUUAGGCACUUGCAUACGCCUUACCAAUUGGACAGUUCGUGAAGAAUGUUCGCCUCUAUGUGUGUACAUCGUAGCAGUGUUGUUGUAAUAGAGCUCAGCUAAGCCAACCGUAUUGACUGAGUUAUAAAGUAUUCAAGACCAUACACUGAACGAAGAAACUGCUGCCAAAUAAAUGUUUAUAUUAAA